AUGUUCAGUGUUUGAUAGCACGGUAACGAGCUCUCCGAAUGCACUGUAUGUCAACGUCAUUUACAACUCAUGGUCGUGACUCGCAUUUCGACGCGAUCUAUCUGUAAUCAACAUUAUAAGGUGUUAAAUAUUUACUGAAGUGAAAAAUGAGCAUCCUCACGUACAAUGGAGGCGCUGUGAUAGCCAUGAAGGGUAAGAACUGUGUAGCGAUAGCGGCUGAUCGUAGAUUCGGCAUCCAGGCGCAAACAAUAACAUGCGACUUCCAGAAGAUUUAUGAGAUGGGACCGCAUCUAUAUGUCAGUCUGCCUGGUCUUGCCACUGAUACUCAAACUGUUAUGGAGAGGCUACGCUUUCGCCUAAACUUAUAUGAACUGAAGGAGAACCGAAGAAUUCAUCCCAAAACGUUUACUGCCAUGAUUUCUAAUUUGCUGUAUGAGAAGCGAUUUGGACCAUAUUUUGUGGAGCCCAUAGUUGCUGGUCUUGAUCCUGUUACAUUUGAACCAUUCAUUUGUAAUAUGGAUCUGAUUGGAUCUAGAAAUAUGGCAGAGGACUUUGUGGUGGGUGGAACAUGUACGGAGCAACUUUAUGGCAUGUGCGAGUCACUUUAUGAGCCAAAUUUAGGACCCGAGGAACUAUUUGAGACUGUUAGCCAAGCUUUAAUUAAUGCAUUUGAUCGAGAUGCAAUAUCUGGAUGGGGUGCCGUGGUGUAUAUCAUAGAAAAGGAUAAGGUCACAAAAAGAACUGUCAAAACGCGAAUGGACUAAAUGCUUUUAUAUCGAUAUAUGCAAUAAAGUUUUCAUAAUUAUUGUAAUUAAAUUUAAGAUAUGUAAACAAAAAGAGAUGGUUGUUAAUUAAAUUCCAAAUAUCCUAUCUUUCUAUUAAAAUUGACUUAUUUAAAGAUCGACAAGAAUAGAGCUAAUUUUGAUUUCAUUAUGUUCUUAGUCACUUUUGGAGCGAUUAAUACCCACUGCAAUCAAAAAUGUUAAAAAAAUUGACAAUUAAGUUAUUUUCUCUCUUUACAACAUCGAAUUAUAUUAACCGCUUUAAUUGUUCCUUUUAUCUAUUCAAUCAUAUUAUGAUGCUAUAACAGAAUACGUUUAUUUUGAUGUAAUGUUGAGUAUAAUAUAAUUAAAAGUAUUACAAAAAGUAUUACAUUUUGCUAGCAAAGGAAAGCUAUACUCUACCAAUUUCAUAUACAAAUAAAAUUUGUAAUGA